ACAGAGAAAGGCUUAAAGCGGUUCAAAGGUGACCAUCCUGGACAGUUGUUUCCAUCUAAAAGUUCAUGAAUCACAGAGCGCCAGCAAACACCCGCUACAAACCCACUUGCUACGAACACGCGGCCAACUGCUACACGCACGCAUUCCUCAUCGUUCCCGCUAUUGUGGGCAGUGCCCUUCUCCACCGGCUCUCUGACGACCGCUGGGAAAAGAUAACGGCAUGGAUUUACGGGAUGGGCCUCUGCACCCUCUUCAUCGUGUCCACGGUGUUCCACAUCGUGACGUGGAAGAAGAGUCACUUGAGGACAAUGGAGCAGUGUUUCCACAUGUGUGACAGAAUGGUGAUCUAUUUUUUCAUUGCAGCUUCCUAUGCACCAUGGCUGAACCUCCGAGAGCUGGGACCCCUCGCCUCGCACAUGCGGUGGUUUAUCUGGCUCAUGGCUGCCGGCGGGACAGUUUACGUGUUUCUCUACCACGAAAAGUAUAAGGUGGUCGAGCUCCUUUUCUACCUGACCAUGGGGUUUUCUCCUGCUGUCGUCGUGACAUCAAUGAGUAACACUGAGGGCCUCGAGGAGCUGGCCUGGGGGGGGCUGAUCUACUGUCUGGGGGUUGUGUUCUUCAAGAGCGACGGCAUCAUCCCCUUCGCGCACGCCAUCUGGCACCUGUUCGUGGCCACGGCUGCCGCCGUCCAUUACUAUGCCAUCUGGAAAUACUUGUACCUGAAUUCCUCCGACAUCAUCCGACACUUAUGACGCCGUCGGGGCCUGGGCUCCCAACCGGGGUGCUCUCCCUUUGGGAAGCGGGGCUGGGGAGACCGGGUUAGGGUGUGGAGAUCCCUGCCCCCGCCUAGGAAAACCGAGACCCUGACAUGGGGAGGUGUCUAUGGAUCUGUGACUCUGGACCCAAGCUUCUCCUAUGGGCGGGAGAAUGGGGCUCCCAAACAGACGGUCCAUUUCAUCCCAUGGCCCCAAGGAAUCUGUAGAGCCCGCCGACUGAUGUUUACAAACCAUGGUUUUGUAUCCUACUUUAAUUUUUCAGGUUUUCCUAGUGGAUGUGAGUUUUUUGUGUGUGGUUUUUUUUUUCCCCCUCUAAACCACUGAGCUGACUCGUGAAGUCCAGUGCAAUCGUCGUGAAGAUUUUGUUUUUGUUUUUGAAUUGAUUUCUACCAUUUUUCCUUUAGCUGUGAGAAACCAGAAUCAUGGAUGCAAAUGGAACUACCAGGCCACUUUUUUAAACCAUGUUUCAUGUGGACAAAGUACGGUUAUUCAUUAAUGGUAAUUUUUUGGGGGGCGGGGGGGGUUGUAGUUUUUUGUUAAGUGUUUCACUGAAAACAUAUCUAUGCAGCCGUCAUUCAUGCACACUGCGAAGACGAGCAAUGAACAGCUAACAUUCCACCUACUGACAAGCAUACCUCUUCCAACGAUUUUACUCCAAGCAGAGUAAUUGCCAAUUUUUAAGAACUACGGAUUUCGCCACUUUCCUGCCGAGUUGUAUCUCGAACAACAUCGCUUGACCUGACGUGGUUUUUCCAGCAAGGGAGAGCAAGUGCUUUUCCUGGAGACCGCGUUCACCCUCCCCUCCUCCCCUCGUGGCUUUGCUUCGGAAACGCUUCGAAGGAUGGGUGGAUCAUGCCUUGAUCAUGAAUUGGCCAGCCAUGUUACGCUGGAGGGAAUGGGACGGUUAUCUUAGCGUGUGGACGCCUCACGUCAUGUGGCAUGAUUGGGACUUGUGUGGGUGCGAUUUGAGGUGCUUUUGAAAUCACACGAUGGGACGCUUGGGUUCCCACGGCUUCCCCCUCGGCCCAGUGACACCUGCUUCCUUUGUCGUGUUGACCGUUUCCCUGCUCAGAGCCGCUGCGGGGUGUCUACCGCUUGCCCGAUGUCCCGAUCGACUCUCCGGGUCUUAUAUUAAGAUCGAAGCUCUCCCCCAGCUUGAUCGAUGCCUGAUUUUGGGGUGGAUCUUUUUUUAAAAAAAACAAAAAACAAACUUGUUGCCUUCAGGACUGAUUUCAGAUGUAGUGUUUUUCCCAGCAGGAGUGUCAGUCACUCUAGAUUCACAAGUGUUGAGACUUUUUGCAAUUUGGGGACGCGGGGGUUGGGGAGGAGUGAAUUUUGUGAGGUUUUUAAUGUCAGGGUCUAGAAUUCUGGAUACUGUAUGAAUUUUGUGGAGAAGGAUGAGCAGAAGUUGGUAACACAACCACACUUCUAGCCCAGGCUGCUCUUCUCCAGAUUCACGGUCGAAUCGAAACCAGACAGACCGCCUUCUCAGAACGCCUGUCCUUCGGACGUCUGGACGCCUGUUUCUUUUUAACAUGUGUGUCGUUUUCACGUAUUAACUCUUUUAAUGUAUCAAUCCAUUCAAAUGCCACAGUGUAAAAACAGAAAAAAACCCACUAAAACGGAUGCGAACUUCUGCUGUGACUUAGAAUAAAGCCCGACCUCGGAUUCGA